AUGUCAGGCUACUUUCAAUCUCUUGUUUUGCAUGUGAAAAGAAACCAAAUUAGAGUGGCAAUAAACAGAGUGGACCCACGGAAUACCCUGAUCAAAUUCUCUUUGGCAUGUAGAUGGACAUCAUGCACUUAUAAGAUGGAGGUUUGUGGUCCAUGGCUGUUGUGAUGGUAAAUCUAGAGAAAUAAUUUUCAAAGUGCAGUACAAAUAAUUUAGCAGAUACAGUCUUGGGCCUUUUCAAGGAUGCUAUCAAGGAAAAUUGAGGCUUGUGACCAUUGUGUAUUUGUGUAGAUCAUGGUGUGGAGAAUGUUUCGAUUUGUGAAGAAAUAGUUACCCACUGGGGAAGGGACCAUGCAGUUCUAUUGCUGGCUCAUCCACAAGUAAUCAGUGAAUAGAAAGACUCUGGAGAAAUGUCUUUAGAUGUGCUUGUCAUUUUUUUAAAAUUUUACUUUCUAUGCCAUGGAACAGUCAGGAAUUCUGGAUGUCAAGAACCCCAUCCACAUAUUCUCAUUACAUUUAGUCUUUACUUCAAGAAUCAGUACUGCUCUGACUGAGUUUGCAAACAUGUUCAAUAAUCAUAGGCUUUCCACUGAGCAUGGAUGGACCCCAAAUCAGAUAUGGCUUAAUGGAAUCCUCAAUGAAAGCAAUCCAUUAAGUUCCAGUGGUGGUGUUGAUGAAUCUUAA